AUGCGAGCUCAGGCGAGAAUGGCAACGAAGGUGAAUGAGCAGACUGAGACUAGCUUGAAUACCUGGAAGGAAAAUGGUUCAUAUCUGAAACACCGUCUUCAUUGCAUCAUCUUCUUCGGAGUAAUUGCGUUCGUUCAAGUCAUCACAUUCUCCAUGACGUGGAAGAACGCGGAGCAAGUUCAUGUUUCUUGGACUAUCUUCGCGUACUGUUUGCGGUUCUUGUCGCUGCUCAGUCUGCCCCUGAACGUGACGUCGUUCCUGGGUCUCACCAUGUACGAUGCCUUCCCCGGCCCCGUCCGGUUGAGGGCAGACCCUGAUUCCCUACCAUUCGUAGUCGUGCGAAUCGUGACCCGAGGGGACUUCCCAGAUCUCGUCCGUCAAAAUUCGUUCGCGAACCUACGCGUGUGCAAGGAAACCGGUUUACGUCAUUACUCAAUAGAGGUCGUGACCAAGAAAUCCGUUCAACUCCCUAAGAUGGUACAUCUGAGAGAGAUCGUCGUUCCGGAUUCCUACGAGCCUUCUAGCGGAUCCAUGUACAAAGCUCGACAGCUGCAAUACUGCCUGGAAGACGGGAUCAACGAGUUGGGAGACGAAGAUUGGAUUCUGCAUCUGGAUGAAGACAGUGUCCUCACUCCAGACGCCGUGAAGGGAAUGAUGAACUUCAUUCACGACGGAGAAGCCCAUUUCGGAACGGGUCUGGUCGUGACCACUCGAAGGUCCGUUUCAAACUGGAUGACGACAUUGGCUGACUUUGUCAGAAUUGCCGAUCAUAUGGGGAAGUCUUGGUUCACGCUGAAGGCGUGCAGGAAGCCCUGGCUUGGUUGGGGCGGAUCCUUCUUGCUCGCCAAAGUGAAAGAAGAACGGAGUGUGUCAUUCAACAACGGACCAUCGGGUUCCAUCUCAGAGGAUGCUUACUUCGCCAUGAAAGGCAUCCAAGAAGGCUUCAGGUUCGGCUUCAUCGAGGGAGAAGUGUGUGAACAGUCUCCGUGCACGCUGGGCGACUUGCUGCGGCAGCGAAUGAGGUGCAUUCGGGGCGUCUCGUUGGUCGUCUCCUGCCCAAAGGUCAUUCCCGUUUCCAGCCUUCACCUUUUUCUUUGUCGAAGUGUAGAUAGAUUCCUAUAA